AUGGAUAGGUUUGGGUGUUGGGAUCGUGCCCUUAUUACCCAGUUGGUUCCCCUCCAUAUUGCUGAUAAAAUUGGUUCCCUCUUUCUCCCUUCAUCCCCGCAAGACGACUCUUUGGUUUGGGGGCUGACUGCGGAUGGUGAAUAUUCGGUAAAGUUUGGUUCUUUGUUAGCGCAAGGCAUUUAUAACCCGAAUUUUGAAAAAGUGGAAUUUGCAUGGUUAUGGAAGUUUAAUGUUCCCCCUAAGAUCAAACUAUUUUUAUGGAAAGCUUGUCAUGAUGGUUUACCAUCUAAGGAUAGACUGAAAAAAUGUAAGGUAUUUGUGCCGUAUUGGAUUGAGGAAUGGCAUUCAAUUAGUGAUGGUGCUUCUAUUUCGAAAUUUUCUUUUGUUUGGUGGUUCAUCUGGUUUACUCGAAAUAAGGUCAUUUUUAAUGAGGAAGGUUUUACCCCUUGUAAAGUUAGUUUCAUGAUUAGUAGUUUCUUUGCCCAAUGGUUGAAAGCUGCUGCAAAAGGGGAAGAGGAUGUGGGUAAUCCCUCUCCAAGGUGCUCUGCUAAACCAAAGGUUGUUAGAGUAGGUAAAAAUAUUGUUUGGACCCCUCCCCCCGAGAAUUUCUGUAAGCUUGAUCUUAAUGGUUUGAAAGAUCCCAAUGGGAACGCUGCUUUGGGGUUUGUGAUUCGGGAUUGUAUGGGGGAGGUUUUGCUUGUUGGAGCUAAAUCUUUAGGACCCCAUAUAUCUAUUGUCCAAGUCGAGGCGUGGGCUCUUUGCGAAGGUGUUAAAGGAGCUAUCUCCCUGGAUAUUUCUCACCUUGUUGUGGAAGGGGACAAUCUUGCAGUCAUUAACUCAAUGAAAAAUUUGUGGCGUAUUCCUUGGGAGAUUUCUAACAUUAUUAAUGAUGUAGGGGUGGAUGCUCGGUCUUUUGUGAAGUGUCAGUUUCGUCAUUGUUUUCGGGAAGCUAACCAGGCGGCUGACUUCAUGGCAAAGAAGGCGCAUCGCCACCAAUCUUUACUCUACUGGUUUCCUCCGUACUGUAUGGAUUUUUCCCUUAUCAUCCGCAAGGAUGUUUUAGGUUGGCCCCCUGAUUAG